UAAGGCAUGGGUUUUGACAGACACAAAGACUCCUGUCACAAUGUCCAAGGGGCUUCUCCUUCUCUGGCUGAUGAUGGGGAUCUGGUGGAUGUCUCUGACACCAGCUGCCUCAGAGGAUACAGUAAGAGGGGUUUUGGGCCAGUCGGUGACUUUGCCUUGUAAGUACCCCUCCUGGUCCAUGAGCCGCAACAGCAUGUGCUGGGGCAAAGGCGCGUGUCCUAAUUCCAAGUGCAAAGAGCAGCUUCUCCACACGGACGGAACAAAAGUCAUCACCCAGAAGUCCGUGAAAUACGCACUUCAGGGGAGUAUCUGGUUGGGCGAUGUGUCCCUGACCAUCUCAAACACGAAUCAAGGUGACAGUGGCAUGUACUGCUGCCGUAUAGAAGUGCCUGGCUGGUUCAAUGAUGUCAAGAAGACGGUGCGCCUGGAGCUGAGGAGAGCCACAACAACCACAAGACCAACAACAACCACAAGACCAACAACAACCUCUCAGCCAACCACCACCCCUUACGUGACCACUACAGAGCUGCUUCCAACAACAGUCAUGACCACACCUGAGCCCACAGUCUCAACACUGCCCCAGACACUGGCCACCACUGUCCUCACUACAGCAGCAACCACGUGCCCCUCAACAACGCCCGGAUCCUCCUCACAGCAAACCACACCUUUUUCAGCAAUUGAGGUGGUCACAGAAAGGUCUUCCAUCACUGCAGAAUCAGAAACACUUUCUGCAUCCAAACACUCUCAAAGAAGCACGGUGACCACCUCUGCAGACAGAGACUUACUCAGAUCCACAGAUCCAAAGCCUGGAUUCCACCAGCAACUUCACAGAAAACGGAUGAGUUUGAAACUCACCUCACCACUGAGGUCUGGGAGGUCUCUCUGGCCAGUGUCAUCCACCCAAAGAACAUCAGACCCCAAAUUGACCAACAUCUUGAUCAUUGCUUGCUGCGCGGGGUUUGUGGUGAUGGUGUCAUCAUUUCUGGUGCUUCUCCUUCAAGGAAGAGUCAAGGGAGCCAAUUGUUUGCAGAGACACAAGAGGCCAGACAACUCUGAAGAUAGUAAGAGCGUCCUCGAUGACAUGUCACAUGGGAGGGACGAUGAGGAUGGGAUCUUCACUCUCUAACUUGCCACCUUUCUUAGGAUUAAGCAUGGGGAAUGGCACUUGAAUUGUCAAAAUAUGUCUCGGGACAUUGUAUUCUCUUUUAAAGUCUCACAUUUUUCCCUCA